UUGGAAUGCGAUCCAGGUUAUCGAGUGUCAACAAUUCGCCGUACUAAGACGUACUAUAAUCUGCUUGGCUCGUUGGCAAUUGAAUGUGAACAGAUCGCUCACGCUGAGGACACUAGUUGCACUAAGCAACCCAGUAUACCAAAAUGUAACGGUCAGCUCGAAGGUUGCAUGGCCAACACAUGGCUUGGGGGUUUCCAUGCGUAUCUGCUCGAGAACUCCACGCAGGCAAUUGUAUUGGAUCCUCUCUGUUGCUCUUCACCUCACGUCUAUAUCGAGCCUUUCUCCUGUAUAAACGACCAGAUCAACGCGGCCACCAAGGAUUUCUCCCAUUCGAUUGUAUCGGACUUAGUGUAUCGUGGAGUUCAAUGCUGGCAUCAGUACAGCAUCAAUCAUACGUUAGUCGAUCUUCUAUGGAAAGCGGAGAUAUGUAGAUAUCAAUCCACAGAGUUUCCAGUUUUGCCUGCUGAGCGCUUUGCAGAAAUCUGUGAAGAAUGUGCUUGUACGUGCGGUAUCGAACAAUGUGCAAAUGGGGUGGAACCGAUCCGGAUCGUCCACAAAAGACGACUCGGAAAAUGCGGAUGCGAUUGCAAAUGUUUGUACAGAUGUAUCAAGUAUAAAUAA